CAUUUUUCCUCUCCAGAAUAUGCAGACGGGAACAAAUUUGCUAAGCUUUUCGUUGGAUCUGUUCCAAGGACAGUAACUGAGGAGGAUAUUCGCCCCUUAUUUGAGGAACAUGGGAAUGUUAUUGAAGUGGCUCUGAUCAGGGAUAGGAGAAGUGGACAGCAACAAGGAUUUUGUUUCGUAAAAUAUGCAACUUCCGAAGAAGCUGAUAGAGCUAUUGCAGCGUUGCAUAAUCAACACACCUUGCCAGGGGCAUUAGCACCUUUACAAGUAAGAUAUGCUGAUGGUGAUCGGGAGCGCCAUGAGGACAAACUGUUUGUUGCAUCACUCAAUAAGCGUGCCACAGAACAGGAAAUUGCAGAGAUAUUUUCCCCUUACGGUCAUGUUGAAGAUGUUUAUCUUAUGAGAGAUGAGUUGAAGCAAAGUCGAGGUUGUGGCUUUGUGAAGUUCUCAAAUAGAGAGAUGGCAGCAGCUGCUAUGAAUGCCUUGCAUGGAACUUAUGUGAUGAGGGGAUGUGAUCAACCAUUAAUUGUUCGGUUUGCUGAUCCCAAGAGGCCUAGACCUGAACAAAGGGGUGGUGGUCCUGCAUUUGGGGGUCCUGGUUUUGGCCAUCGCUCUGAGACAGCGACAGUGAUCGGGCCAACAGCCAAAUUUGAUGAGCCGAUAGGUGGCCGCAUGCCACCUAAUGCGUGGGGCAGUAGUCCACAGUCACGUGGACCAUCUUCUCAAGCUGCUAGUCAAGGUUUUGGCACCAAUCCCUCUGCCAAAGGUGGCAUGGUUGAAACAUCUUCAGUUGCAACUGGUCCUUUAGGAGAAACUGGACUGACAGGUGGACAUCAACCAAAUUUUGCAGCAACACCGCAACAGGGUUUUAACCCUUCUGUUCCACAAAUGCAUCCUGGUCUUGGUCCACAAAUGCUGCCAUUGCAGAAGCCACUUAUGACCCCACAACACUUGCCGUCUUCAUUACAACCGCCUCAGAACCAGCAGAUAUCAGGUUCCCAUCCUCAGGGGCAAACAUUGCAGCCACAGAUGCAACAAAUGGGGCAGCUUCAAAUCCCUCAAUCUACUGGCCUACCCUCCAGCCAAACUUUACCUUCACAACAGUUACCAGGUUUCGGAGGGCAGGCUUCUCAGUCUUUGAAUCAACUGAAUGCUUCUGCCAACGCCCUGCAAAUUCCUAUGGGCUUAUCACAACAGGGAGUGGCAGCUAUGGCUAAUCAGCAGCAGUUGCCGUCAUCUACCAUCUCUCAUCAGCUGCUUCAGAGGCCCAUCCAACAACUUCCUUCACAUCCCCCUCAUGUGCUUCUGCAACAACAGGCACAAGCUUUACAGUCGAGCUAUCAAUCAUCACAGCAGGCAAUAUUUCAGCUUCAACAGCAGUUGCAACUGAUGCAACAGGCUGGGCUAACUCAGCAGCAAAUUCCUCAGAAUGCUAAGCAGCAGCAAUCACCAUGGAGCGGACCACAGCCAAUAUCUAGUGCUCCUGCUAACACAACAACCGCAGUUGUUCCAUCAGCUGCACCAGUAACUUCUUCUGUGCCAGUAACUACUACGUCUGCAGUCCCCUUAACCUGCAACUGGACAGAGCACACAUCUCCCCAAGGAUUUAAAUAUUAUUACAAUAGCGUUACCCAGGAAAGUAAGUGGGAAAAGCCGGAAGAGUAUUCCGCUUUUGAGCAGCAGCAGCAACAGCAGAAAAUGCUAUUAUUUCAGCAGCAGCAACAGAAAGUUGCUGUCCAGCAGCUUCAGUCACCGGCUCAGACUCAAACACAAACACAAAAUCAGCCUAAUCAACAAAUUCCUCAAGCACAGCAGGUGCAGAAUCAGAUGCAGCUUAGGCAGCAGGCACAAAUGCAGCAGCUGCUUCAGCCUUCUUUACCGUAUCAGGCCGCUGGCGUGGGUAAUCAGCAAAACAUUCAGGACUUCAAUUAUGCCCAAUUACAGGCAGUUAAUCCUAUUACUGAUAAUGCCAGGUCACAACAGGGGAUUCACGCUGCACAGGAGUUGUCCUGGCAAAACAAGCCAUGAGGUAUCAGCAGGACCAAACAACAAUGAAUCCGAGAUUUCUGAGAGUAGAAUAGAAUUGACAGGAGAAGCAGCUGUAACGAUGAGAGGCAAUCUGUAUAAGAAGAGCCAACGC